AGCGGCCGCGCUCAACAUGGCGGAAGAGGAGGUGGCCAAGUUGGAAAAACACUUGAAGCUUCUUCGCCAAGAGUAUGUCAAGCUGCAGAAGAAAUUGGCAGAUACAGAAAGGAAAUAUAACCUGUUGGCUGCCCAGUCAAACCGAGGGAGUGCCGAUGACUCCUUCAUCACUCGCCUUCUUGCCAUUGUAGCAGAGCUGUAUGAGCAGGAGCAGUAUAGUGAUCUGAAGAUAAAAGUUGGAGACAAGCGCAUCAGUGCUCACAAAUUUGUGUUGGCGGCCCGCAGUGAGGCUUGGAGUCUAGCCAACUUAAUGUUGACUGAGGAACUGGAUCUGUCAGAUGCUGACCCUGAGGUGACCGUGGCAAUGCUGCGAUGGAUCUACACAGAUGAGUUAGAGCUGAAAGAAGAUGAUGUUUUCUUGACAGAACUGAUGAAACUAGCUAAUCGGUUUCAGCUACAGCUCCUUAGGGAAAGAUGUGAAAAAGGUGUCAUGUCGCUUGUAAAUGUCAGGAACUGCAUUCGUUUCUAUCAGACGGCGGAGGAGCUGAAUGCUAGCACUCUACUGAACUACUGUGCUGAGAUAAUAGCUAGUCACUGGGAUGACCUGAGGAAAGAGGACUUCAGCAGCAUGAGCGCUCAGCUAUUGUAUAAAAUGUUCAAAUCCAAGACUCAGUAUCCUUUGCAUAAAGCUAUUAAAGUGGAGAGAGAAGAUGUAGUCUUCCUGUACCUUAUUGAGAUGGAUUCACAGCUGCCUGGGAAGCUGAACGAAUUGGAUAAGAACGGAGACCUUGCUUUAGAUCUAGCCCUCUCACAAAGAUUGGAGGGCAUUGCAACCACGUUGGUCAACUACAAAGCUGAUGUGGAUAUGGUGGACAAGAAAGGCUGGAGUCUAUUGCACAAAGCCAUCCAGAGAGGAGAUAAAUUUGCUGCCAACUUUCUCAUUAAAAAUGGUGCCCGUGUGAAUGCUGCUACGCUGGGAGACCAGGAGACUCCUCUGCACCUUGUGGCCUCAUACAGCCCCAAGAAGCACUUAACAGAUGUAAUGUCAGAGAUGGCACAGAUUGCAGAGUCCCUCUUGCGGGCUGGAGCCAAUCCAAACAUGCAAGAUGGCAAAGGAAGGACCCCAUUGCAUGCAUCAAUUGCUGUUAGGAAUGAACCUGUAUUCAGUCAACUUCUCCAGUGCAAACAACUGGACUUGGAACUGAAGGAUCAUGAGGGAAGUGCAGCUCUGUGGCUUGCAGUUCAAUAUAUCACAGUGUCAUCUGACCAGUCUGUAAACCCUUUUGAGGAUACCCCUGUUGUGAAUGGAACAUCGUUUGAUGAGAAUAGCUUUGCAGCAAGACUCAUCCAGCGAGGCAGCAAUACAGAUGCACCAGACACAGUAACAGGAAACUGUUUGCUGCAAAGGGCUGCAGGAGCAGGUAAUGAGGCAGCUGCGCUCUUCCUGGCAACACAUGGGGCAAAAGUCAACCACCAGAACAAAUGGGGGGAAACUCCACUGCAUACAGCCUGUCGACAUGGCCUGGCAAACCUCACAGCAGAGCUUCUGCAACAAGGAGCCAAUCCUAAUAUCCAGACCACAGAAGCGAUACCCAGUCAUAAGGAUGCAUCCUUGUCCACAGCAGCAGAUAAUGUCCAUCUGCAAACUCCCCUUCAUAUGGCUAUUGCCCAUAACCACCCAGAUGUGGUAUCGGUCAUAUUGGAACAAAAAGCUAAUGCCCUUCACGCAACCAACAACUUGCAGAUCAUUCCUGACUUUAGUCUCAAGGACUCAAGAGAUCAGACAGUAUUGGGGUUAGCAUUAUGGACAGGUAUGCACACAAUAGCAGCUCAGCUGCUUGGGUCUGGGGCAUCCAUUAAUGACACCAUGUCAGAUGGACAGACUCUGCUACACAUGGCAAUACAGAGACAGGAUAGCAAGAGUGCACUUUUUCUGUUGGAACACCAGGCUGAUAUCAAUGUCAGGACCCAGGAUGGGGAGACUGCCCUCCAGCUUGCUAUAAAAAAUCAGCUUCCCCUUGUGGUUGAUGCUAUUUGUACCAGAGGAGCUGACAUGUCUGUGCCAGACGAGAGGGGGAAUCCUCCACUGUGGCUGGCCCUGGGAAACAACCUCAAAGAUAUUGCAUCAACUCUGGUCCGACAUGGUUGUGAUGCAACGUGCUGGGGUCCAGGGCCAGGUGGAUGCCUACAGACUCUUUUGCACAGAGCCAUUGAUGAAAACAAUGAACAAAUAGCAUGCUUCCUUAUACGCAGUGGCUGUGAUGUGAAUAGCUCAAGAAAGCCAAGUGCUAAUGGAGAAGGAGAAGAGGAAGCUCAUGAUGCACAAACCCCCUUGCACUUGGCGGCUUGCUGGGGGCUGGAAGAGGGGGUACAGUGCCUUCUAGAAUUUGGUGCCAAUGUAAAUGCACAGGAUGCAGAAGGAAGAACUCCAAUCCAUGUUGCCAUUAGCAACCAACAUGAUGUUAUUAUUCAGCUGAUGAUUUCACACCCAGAUAUUAGAUUGAAUGUGCGUGAUCGACAAGGCAUGACCCCGUUUGCGUGUGCUAUGACCUACAAGAAUAACAAGGCAGCCGAGGCAAUCCUGAAGCGGGAGCCUGGAGCUGCUGAGCAGGUGGAUAAUAAAGGUCGAAACUUCCUCCACAUAGCUGUUCAGAACUCUGACAUUGAGAGUGUGCUCUUCCUAAUCAGUGUCCAGGCCAAUGUAAACUCUCGGGUCCAGGAUGCCUCCAAACUGACACCUCUACAUCUAGCUGUGCAGGCAGGCUCGGAAAUCAUUGUGCGCAAUCUGCUUCUUGCAGGAGCAAAAGUGAAUGAGCUGACCAAACACCGUCAGACUGCUCUCCAUUUAGCAGCUCAGCAGGACCUUCCCACAAUUUGUUCUGUCCUUCUUGAGAAUGGCGUAGACUUCGCAGCUGUAGAUGAAAAUGGAAAUAAUGCUCUGCAUCUCGCAGUGAUGCAUGGUCGUCUGAAUAAUAUUCGUGUCCUUCUGACAGAAUGCAACGUGGAUGCAGAAGCCUUUAAUCUCAGAGGUCAGUCACCGAUGCACAUUCUGGGACAGUAUGGGAAAGAUAAUGCAGCAGCCAUCUGUGAGCUCUUCUUGGAAUGUAUGCCAGAAUACCCUCUAGACAAACCCGAUGCUGAAGGAAACACAGUGCUUCUGCUGGCCUAUAUGAAGGGAAAUGCUAACCUAUGCCGCGCUAUAGUGAGAGCUGGGGCUCGUCUCGGAGUUAACAAUAAUCAAGGAGUCAAUAUCUUCAACUACCAAGUUGCUACAAAACAGCUUCUAUUUAGACUCCUGGACAUGCUGACAAAAGAACCUCCCUGGUGUGAUGGCUCCAACUGCUACGAAUGCACUGCCAAGUUUGGGGUCACGACAAGGAAGCAUCACUGCCGGCACUGUGGACGUCUGCUUUGCCAUAAAUGCUCCACGAAGGAAAUUCCCAUCAUAAAAUUUGAUUUGAACAAGCCUGUUCGAGUUUGCAACAUCUGCUUUGAUGUCUUGACUCUGGGAGGAGUCUCUUAGUAUGCUGUGCAAGGAAGAGGAUUCCCCAUCAGCCCUCUUCUGACAGCAGCUCUGCCAACAAGCUGUACCAACAGGGAGGGGAGGCCUAUAUACAUGUCUGUCUUCUGCAAUAGACUGAACUAAUUAAGGACCAUGUUAUGAUAUAUUCCAAUAUAAAUGAUUUUUGUAUGAUUGUAAAUGUAUUGGGCUGUGAUGGAUGUCACUAGGAAGUGGAGUGGAUUGCUCACCCCUAAGUGAUCAACAAAAUUGAGUGGGACCCUCUUCUAGUUGCAGUGGGGUAUGGAACUUAAAGCCACAUUAGCCUGGUGUCCUGUACUGAUCCAAAUAACCAAAACAGGCCUGUGCUUAACCAUGGUGCAUUGCACUGAGCUACUCCCUUAGGUCCUGCCACUUCUAGGCUGUGAUGGAGAUGGCACUGAACUUCAGGGUAAAUGGUAACUGUUCCCUUUUGCAUUGUCUUCACAAAGAUAAAGGCUCCCUCUUUCUGUAUAGAAAGCUUUUUUUUAUAAAGCUGGACUGUGCUGUUACAACCACUACUCAUUUCAAGGCUAGUUUUCAAGCAGGGUUUAACUUCAUUCAUAACUCAAGAAUUGUGGCCUUACAAUAGAAAGCUUUACAACAUCUCCAUGAUGCAAAGCAGUCAGGAUUAUAGUUCCACAUUGAUACCUCCCCUUAGUAAUGGUCUCAUUAGCUUUAGCAUGUUCAAGAGAACUGCAGUCUUUACUUCUGCUCAUGCCUACCAGAUUUGUCAGUCUGCUUGUGUUGCACUUUCAUACUUGUGUUGCAGGGCCUGCCUCCCACACACCCACACUUUUUUGUACAAAAACUCAAGUGCUCUGAGAAGACCUAAGCUUACACUAAACGAGGAAACACUAACGCAGAUUGCAUAGUCCUAACUUGCUGAAGAGCAAUAUAGUGCUGGAGGUGCAAUUAUGAAUCCUGUAAGGCAGACAAGUUACCUGAAUGCCUUUUCUUUCUUUGAGACCUGGUGUAGGGGAGAGCCAACACGCUGGCCAAGAAAGAACAUGCUGCUGCCCUGCUAGAUGUCCAAUCAAGGUCUCAAAUUCAAGCGGAGGGGGUUUGUUGUUGGCAGUGCUUGAAGGUUCACUGUUAGAUCUUUGCCACUAAUUUUGAAAGGAGAUUGAUCUGCGUUGUUAAUUGGCCUUUUGUCUCAAACUGCAGCAAGCUUUUCUUCUGGGCUUGGCUGUGGCCACUCCUUAAACAGGUUGAAUCUAGGGGCAGGGUGCAGGGGGGGAUGACAGUUUCUCUUCAAAGUAGUCUGUAAAUUACUUGGGUGCUAGUAAGCACUUGCCCAGAUUUUUUUUUUUUUUUUUUUUAAAUUGGCUGUAGUAUUUGUAGGCCAAUAUUACAGACAUGCUAAAGAAAAUGUGUGCUUAAGAACAAAAUCUUACCUUGUUUAAGUUUUAACCCUAGGAGGGAGAGAGUAACACCCAACAUUUCCUAAUCUCUGCUCCAUGGACAACUUGUGUACAUAUUUAUUCUUUUUCACUAACCACUACUCAUGUACACAAGUACGUUUUUGGGAGAAAAUAGUUCAUUUCGGUUGCGUGGUCUAGAAUAGUGACACGGCAGUGCAAGACUUACCUAAGAUGUAAAAUGAGCUGAUAAACCAGAGUGCUACUCUUCUACAUUUCUGUGACUUACAGGAUAUGUUUACUUUGGGCUGGGGGGUGGGUGGGAAACCUUGGGCUGGUGCAGUAAAAAGGUUUUGGAAGACCUUGUCAAGGCUGCUGUUAAUGUAUUGUCAUAAGAGUUUCAGUAAAUUGCUUGGUCUUCCAACAUGUAGGUGCAAAAACUGGAACCCUGAACCUGGUAACACUAGGGUGGAAUAAUAGACUAACUCUCUAAUGCAAUUAUGAUAUGAUUAGUGUUAAUGCCAGUUACAAUCUCCUUCCAGCAGAGCUCACUAAGUGAUGCCUCUAAUGUAAAUCUUAGUUUCUGUGCAACUCUCAACCUGCAGCAGGCUUGUUCUAAGAGUUGAGAGGAAGGGCAUAAAUGCAUUUGACAGAAAAGUACAGCUUUUUGUGUGCAUUUUGGAUGACCAGAACUGAUGGGAAAUAUAAGAAUAGUUUCAUAUGGUUUAUGAUGGUCUUUAAAUGUCACAAUUCAGUUUGACAAAAACAGUGUAAAUUCCACUGUCUUGUCAAAUGGUUGGUUUAGACCAGUUGACUAACUUGAUCCAGGAAUAGUGUGUAACUUGUUUAGUUUGAUCCCCUCCUAAAAACAAAACAAAAAACCCCCCAAACUGUCAAGCAGAGAAAUUAGUGGCCAAGGAAUUUAAAUGCAGCACUGGAGGGAUUGUUAUUUCGGGAACUGCAGUGAUCUCUAACAUGGAUUGCGUUAAAUUUCAUGGAAAGCUUUUUAACUAAAAGCAUUUAAACCAACCACCAGUGGAGUUGCUGAGCGAUAGAAACAAGCUGCUUGACCCCUGCCAUUCUAAUCAGUUCCUUAAGCUGCUGAGACCAGUAUUGCUCAGGUUUUGUAACAACUGGAGCAUCCGAGACCUGCAGUAGGUUCCACCUCAUACCACCGCCUCCCUGCUCCUACUAACUGAGUGGCAUAGAAAUUGUUGAUUUUUCUGUUUUUAAAACAAAUGGAUAGUCUGCUGGCAAAUACUGCAUAACUCCUAAGAUUCUAGCAAUACUGGUUUUGUAAUAGACUAUCUGCUCCUCGAGCUUAAGGGAAAGCUUGGCUAUAACUAGCCCUGUAAUAUACACACGUUGGGUUCUGCAGACUGAAUUCACAGUACAUUUCAACAAAAUUGAUAAAUGAAGUGCCUUUUUCUUGUGAGACUGUUUCAUGGCAGUCAGUUUGUAAUGGACUAUGCUUUCUGCUGGGAUUAAAAACCACACAAUUUAACUAUGAAACCCAAUAACUUAGCCUCUUGGUUUCCUGUAUUGCACAACUGAAAUCCACUCGUGUCUGCUGCCUUCUGUUUAGAAUGAGGGAGCAGUUUUUUUUUCCCCCUCCCAUGAGGGAAAACUUGAGUCCCUGUUCCUUUCGACACAAUCCACUGAGUAUCUGGGUGGUGGUGGUGUUUCCCUUGGACUUCCAAGUAUGAAUGGGAGGUUCCCUGCUAAUACUCUAGUGAACUGGAAGCUCUGGGACAGCCUUUUUUUUUUUUUUUUUUUGUCAACACAUUUCUAGUUUUUUGAAAACAAAUGCACUUCUCGUAUCUGGCAAACAACAUUGUGACCAAACUAUUUUUGCUGUCCUUGGAUAGUCGCAGGCUGGACUGAGUGACCCUGGAGACUGCUUUUGAGGCAAGAAAGGAUUUCAGUCCUGUGAAAUGGGCUCAGAACCACCAGCAAAAUGGCUGGGAAAAGCUUGUGCUGCAGCUGCUUGUUCGUGGAUAAACAGAGGAACUCCGUUUCCAGAAGAGAUGCCCAGCACAAAAUGGACUACAUUUUUGAGCUUGUCUUUGGAUAUUUAAAGUUUGCGGGAAAGGAAACCUGGCACUGUUUCACACUACUAAGCAUAGUAGAAAUGUUUGGUGUUUAAAACGGUACUAAUACAGCAUCACUAAGUAGCUUCCUAAAAGCUGUCAUACAGAUGACCAAUGACUUGUACAAUUUCCUUUUUUUAUGUAGCCUAUGUACUCUAAAUCUCUGUUCAUAAUACAGGGUGUCUUGUAGACCGAAUGCAGUAGUUGACAAAUCCUUGGAUGAAUUUCCCUGACAUCAGGUUCAUGGCAGGGUUAGAUAUUAGACAUUUUCACUUACCUGGUUUUAUUGAAAUGUGAAAGAUGGGGUCAUUGGAAAGCCUAUGGAUAGCUGAAAGCAGAACUCUGAAACUUGUCAUACCUUCUGUGAACUAGUCAAGUCUUAAAGCAAUGGUAUUUUUAAUGGCAUUGUUUGUUUGUCUGGAGUCCAUUGUAAAAAGAAUGUAUCUUUUUCUUCCCCUAAUAUUAAUUAUUUCAUUGUGUAACAAUUCCUUGUAAUAAACUCUGCAUAACAAGA